AUGCUACGUCGUGGUCCAUUGCUGCUCGCACCUUCUAUUCCCCGCACGGCGUGGGAUCCAGCCCACUUCAACACAAAUUGGUCUGAUAGCUACAGUAGUAGUAUCGCUGACCGCAGACAUUGGCCAGCAAAGCGCUGGUCGAUUGGAUUAGAGCCACGCACACCGCGUGAUUGGCUGCAGUACUCCCGUCGAAAUCUCGCCUACGCCUACAAUGGAGCUCUCCGAGCAUGUCAAUCCCUACCAGAGAUGCUUAUGUAUUAUAAGGAAAUGAAAUUACGUGGGGUAAAGGUAGAUGUGGAUACGAUGAAUGUAAUGCUUACACGAGCUGCACGGUAUGAGAAGAUACAAAUGGAUGAUGUCUUUUUACUCUUUGAUGAACUCACCGCAUUGGGGGCACGGCCGGAUAUUGCUGCCGUGGAAACACUUCACACCGUCUUUGAUCACAGUGCUGCCAUGCCGCAUGAGUGGCGUGAGGCUAGACGUCGACAAUUGGUGGAAUUAUAUAAUCAUCUCGCCGUGGAGGAAAUUGAAAGACUCGCACCGCAUCGAGUGGAUCGACUGUUAAGAGAACAAAUAAAACGUUAUCGUGAUAAUUUACGUCCAUUACGUGCAAGUCUUAGUCCAUCUGUGUAUCGUCGUUAUAUACAUGCCACUUACUCUGCUGAAGUAUUAUUGGAGGAGGUAAAUAACUUUUUAUGGGAACUUGUAGAGAGUGAUCACCCAGCGAUGGAUAUUCCCUCACUGCAGAUGCGUGUUCCAUUUGUUGCCUCUGUGAUGAAACGACCACCGGCGGAUUCAGAUGAGAAGAAAAUAAAAUUUACAGAUUUUGAGGAUACAGAUGUUUGUUCUGUCUUUCUCGCCGCAGCGGAACGGGCAGUGGAUAUUGAUUUUCACGAUGUCCGACCGGUAUCGGAGCGGCGUAUGUUUCUUUCUCUUCUCACGAUGCUUUCAUAUAGUGGUGUUCUCUACACUUCUGAUUUAAUGGCCCAACUGAUGGAAAUGGUGAAAUACAGCAGUAAUGAUGCCGCACGAGAUUCGGAUGCGCAGCGACUAUUACGAUAUGCAAUUCGUGGUUCUAGUGCCGCACAGGAUGAGGCGUAUCGAACACUUUGGCGUAAAGUAGAGAUGGUUGCGGAUAGUCGAGUGGUGGGUCGAUAUAUUAGUGCCCGGGAUCCAUGGAGUCCUAUUCGUGUUUGUUUUGAUGAUCGGGGAUUAUUUAAAUCUUACCCUAUGUCUGUACGUGCCUCAGCAAAGAAUAAUAAUAAUAAUAAUAAUAAUAAUAAUAAUAAUAAUAAUAAUAAUAAUAAUAACACCUCUUCUUUAAGAGAGGAUGAGAAUAGUACGACAGCAGAACAACAACAACAACAAGAUGCAACUGUACGAGGAAUGGAAGAUGAGGAAGGGGAAAUGUCUGAAGGUGUUCGUGGGGCUAUUGUUGCUGGAAGUGAGAAAACAGAUAACGGUAGUAAUACUGUAGUAUCUUCUUCUUCAUCUUCUUCUUCUGGUCGUGGUGGAGAACAGUGUACAGUGGAGGCGUUAGAUAUGCGUUGGAGUGAUGUGCGGCGUCUUCUUGAACGUACCGGUGUUCUCACUCAUCCACCGUCUGAGCGUCAUCCCCAACAGGAGAAGAUGGAAGUCUUUACGGGUAUGGCUGUGUAUCUACGCACCAUUGCCACUGGGCGACGUUAUCAUGAUAAUAAUGAGGAUAGUAAUAAUAAUAGUAAUAGUGGUAGUGGAAGAAAUGAUAAUGAGUUAAUGAUAGGAGCAGGUGGUAAUAGUAGCCAAACAGUAGCCAUGUUGAAGGAGCAACGAGCAUUAUAUGCAGAUGGAUAUACAUUGGAAUUAUGGACAAGAGUCUUUCAACUCGUACAAGAGAUACGUCAAGAGAUGGAGAAAUUUAUAGCUGAUAAUGUAGACCACCAUGUGGAGCCGGAGUUUGAAUGUUGGGAAUCUUUACUUAUUACACUUCGAUGUGUGUUAGACUUUUGUGUGGUGCGUAUUCAAGAUCGCAGCCAUGCAGGAGAACGGACGGCGGCGGAACGUUUAUUUCAAGACGCUGUGGCACUUCGCAAUGAAUUAAUUGAAGAGAGCCGGACGAGAUUUGAUGGACGAAUGAGAAUUCUUUGGUUACAAGAGGCAUAA